AUGGCAGGGGAGUGUGUAAGUGAGGGCCCAGGCCUGCAAGAGAAGGGUGAGGAGGAACUUUGGGAAUUGAUUAACGACAACCGCCACAGGAUCUCCCUUGGAGUGCGGCCAUGCAUCUUGAUCCCAUACCUGAGGCAGGCCAGGGUGCUCAGUGAGAUGGACGAGGAUGAGAUCCUCUCCUGCCACAACCUCACCAACCGCAGCAUGAGAACCAGCUAUAUGUUAGACUUACUGAGAACCCAGGGGAGGAACGGUGCGGUGGCCUUGCUUGAGAGCCUGAUGAUCCACUACCCGACCCUGUACACCCAAGUCACUGGACGGAAACCCAGCACUGAGCCUUCAAAAUUCAGUGGCCUCAUAAAGUACUCAGAGCUGACAGAGUAUCUGGUCAGGGCAGUUACAGGAAUGCAGAAGGAGCUUCAGGAGGCACGGUGUGAGGCUGGCAGACUGAGUGCACGCUGUGCCUCUCUGGAGUCCGAGAUUGGACAGAUGAUGGAGCAGGAGGAGAAGUCCAGAUGCCUUCAGUCUGAAAACGAACGCCUGCGGAGGCACCUGUGCUCUUUGCAACAUGACGUCACCAAGCUGAAGGAUGAGAAGUGUGACGUUUACAUGCGCUACACAGCAGCCAUCGAAGAGAAAUCAGCUGUCAACAUGCGACUUCAUGACCUCAACCUGCAGGUCUAUCAGCUGCAGAUUGAGCUGCAGAAGGCACAAACAGAGACUGAGUUCCAGAAGCGACGCUCACUAAGGUGUGCCUCUCAGGCUGACGCUCCAAGACUGCAAGAGGAAGUGGGGAGCCUGACGAAAGUGGCAAAUCUGGACCCAGCUCAUCAGGACAUCCUGGCCCAGGACCUGGCCGAGGCCAUAGACAGCCAGGCAGAGCUUGCAGAGCAACUCAGGUGUUACAGAGAGGAGAAUGAAAAGCUUUUGAAAGAGAAACAAGGGCUCUUGGAUCAGAAGGAGUGCUUGAGCCUCCAGGUGCAGCAGCUGACCUUGGACUGUAACAUGCACCAGCAGAAGAGCACAGUGAUCCAAAACCAGAUGAGAGAGCUUCAAACAGAGAGAGACCAGGCAUACCUGUCGAGAAAUGAGGCCCAGGCAAUGAUCGCCCGCGUCCUGGCUGAGAAGGACACCCUGAGGUGUCAGUUAGUGGAGCUCCAGGAGCGCGUCUUAUGCCUGGAGGCCAACCGCAGUCCUAGUGAACAACAGCAGAGUUGUGAUGAAACUGAGACCGAAUGGGGGAGCCCAGGAUCCAGCUUUGAAGAUUCCCCAGUCAGACCGAGACGUAGACUAUGCCGAAUGGAUGCAGUGAGACCUAUGUCCAUGAGUGCCUGCAAUCCAGAGUGUGAAGAUCCUACAGCGAGUAGUAUACGGUCAAAUAAUGCUGAGCCGCCCGGUCCAGAGUCUCUUCGCAGAAGGGAGGAGAUCUUAUAUGCUGACAGCAGCUUGGACACUGCCGACACUGAUUCUCUCAUGGACAGCUUUGUGUUAAUCCCCAAUGUUGGGAGUGAAGAUGAGCACACACCAAAGCUUUUCUCUGCUAAUGUUUCCAGUCCUGAUGGCCUGUCCAGAGACUCAGCCCCUCCUUUCCUCAUGCGUUCACGUCCAAAAGCACUUCGGUUGAAUGGCAGAGUUCUCACCAUCUCUUUCCAGGGUGAGGCGCUGCUCAGCCAGCUGUCCGUUGUAGGAGGCAAUAAGACCGGGGUGUUUGUGCACCAAGUGACAGAGGGUAGCACUGCCAAUACUGUGGGCAUUAGUCCUGGGGCACAGAUAGUUGAGGUGAAGUAUGAACAGAACCAGAGGGCUCUUAGGAUGGUGCUGGAGGAUUCCACUCUAGAGGAGGCUAUGUGGGCUCUUGGCCAGGUCACAGGCUUUUGUCACCUUUCCCUUCGGCCCAGGCAGGACGACUAUGAGGUACUGCUGCAGCUGCUCCAGAGCAGCGAGACAUCAUCAGGAGACUCCUUUUAUGUACGCGUCAACAUGUCCUUCCCUGCUGGCCCAAACGGAUCCCUUGCUGUGUCCUGCAAUGAUAUCCUUCAUGUGACCAACACAAGACCUGCUGGCAUUGAGGACUCAUGGCAUGCCAGUAAAGUUCUUCCCUGUCAGCUUCUGGACCUCGAGAGUGGAACAGUACCAAACUAUUACAGGGCACAGAGACUUCUGAUCCAUGCAAUUGAAGAAAUGAGCUUUCAAACAAAGAAGUCUGUCAAGACUUGCCGUGUGGUGUCACAGAAAAAGGAGAAGGCAGUGAGGAUCGUCAGCACCGGGCGGCAGGGCAGGAACCCACUGUGGGUCAGUGUGGAGAAUGAAAACACCUUAAGUACUGACUCAGGAGAUCCCUCAGCUUCUAAAACUUUUAUGUCACUCAUGCCCUACACCCUGGUCACGCCCCACUUCCCACCCAUCUGCAGGCCUGUCCUGCUGCUACCCACAGUACUGGGCCGCAUCCUAGACAAGAAGCUGGCAGGGUGGCAGGGCUUCGAACUUUGUGAGCCUGAGAUGCUGAGCUCCAGUGAGCAUGCAGCCCGUCUGCAGAAGUCUGAGAUCCUGGAAGAGUGUGAACAGGGGAGACACUACACCCUACAGAGUGUAGAGAAAGUCAUGAAGAAGGGAAUCCACUGUGUGCUGCCACUGGGGCUGGACUGUGUGCGUCGGCUGCACAGGGCACAGAUCUUUCCUAUCAUCAUCUUCAUUGGUCAAUCUGCUCGCAGUGCACGCAAAUUAAGAACAAAGCUGCAUCGCUACAGCCAGUCGGAGGAGCAGCUGCUUAUGUGUUCGAGGAAUGAAGAGCCGCUGCUAGACAAGCUGCCGUGUCUGUAUCACAGCGUUCCUCCAGACUCCUGGUGUGACCAGGCCUCCCUACUGACCAGCCUGCGCACCAUCAUCUGGGAGGAGCAGAAAAAGAUUGUCUGGGUGGAGCCCGACCUGUGGUGA